AUGGCGAGGAGUUAUGCUGUAAGUGUGCUAACUUUUGCUACCAUUGUGGUCGGGAGGAAGAGCGCUAUGUGUGAUCAUACCACGAGGACACAGAGGAUAAUCCUAGUGGUUCCUGAGCAUAGUGCUUGCUGUGAGGCUUCGGCUCCCCAAUGUAAGAAUAAGUCAGGCAGAAAAAACCAAGAAAGGAUUUCUAAUGAAGCAAAUGAUAAACCAAAAACGUCAGUAGAAAACACUAAUACUUCGAUUGAAGGAAAUGAAAAAGGCACGCCCCAAAGCAUUAUUGAAAACAACAAACACGCCCAAGAAAAUGAUAAAAAUUACUUAGAAAAUGACGAUAAGAAUGACAACUGGUCAAAACCAGUAAAGUUAAUAAUAAAUGAAAACAAUUCUCCGCAACCAGUCAAAUCGUCUAGUGAGGGGAAUCAAAGAAGUAGCGAGUUUUUGGUUAUCAAUUUGAAAGACAUUAAAAAAAUAACUUUAACUUCAGAUGGCGAUUUAAUUAUUGAGUUUAACCAACCCGAAAAUAACAGUGAUAAAUCACUUUCUCGAACCAUAACUACCGAGCAAAUAAAUACUAAUCAGGAACUUCAAACUGUUAAAAAUUACUGUCAAAGGAAUGGCAAAAAUAGUUUAAGUCAGCAAGAAUUAAAUAAUCUUAUUAAUUCUAAUAAAACUUCCGCGUCGACGAACAAGAGCAAGGAUGAUAAUAAUAGCGCACUGGCAAUAGGAUUAUCCGUAGCAGUCGCUUUAAUAGUUGG